GAUUGCCUGAUAUUUGGCUGCAAUUAGUUCAAUUUUUCCCUCUAUUUUCCAAGAACCCUUCAUGCAUUGAUCUGGUGGGUAUAAUAAAGUGAAAUUCUUUACCUAGGAAUUAGCAGAGACAAGAGGUAAACUGCACGAAGGAUGUCGAAGUCUCUCAAUGAGGACCUGCUUCGAUUAUCAAAGCCAAUAAGAGAAUCACUCUCCAAGGCAGCUUAUACGCCUCCAGAGGGUUCCAAUGUCUCUAUCAAAUCCAUGCUACAGUCUCUUCUUUCCGACUCAGAAAUCGAAAUAAGGGAUUUUAGCUUAUGUUGUGCUGCAUUGGCGUCUGCCUCGGGAUCCACCUACAAUCAACUCAUUUGGGUUCCCAAUUCGCUAUCUGUAACUGCUGCCUCUGCCUUCAGAGAACUAUCUAAAGCUUAUGCUACCAAGGUUGUUGGUGGGAAUCAUGAGUUGAUCGAAAUUGGCGAGCCGGAUGUGGAUCUUCCAAAUGAGAAAAUGUUGGCCAUACACUUAUUCCCUCAAGUGUUGCCUUUGCUAAAAGACAGAAUUAACGAGAGCACGAUUGAUAAAUCAAUUGAUGGUCAUGAGAUAUCAGCUGCAAGCGCUAGAGUUCCUUUAGCAUACGCCGUUCUGGCUGCUUAUCAGUUUAGAUGGCUCAUUUCUCAGGUGGAUUAUCCUCACCUAGGAAAAGUGUGUCCUUUGGUGAUUCCAUGUGCCCUAACAGCUCUUGAUCACUGGUCCUCUGAAGUAAAGGGACAGGGCAUGGUUAGCUUAAUACAUCUGGCGGAAAAUGUCAAUGCUGCUGAGAUUGGUUGGUAUGAAGAUGUAAUUCUUGAUGCGUGCUGCCAAAAUAUUGCUUCCGAUGAUGGGAUAUGGGAGCAUGUGGUUCAAAUGUCUGUACUUAUGGUGACCUUCACCCAGAAAAGUAAUCCUCGAAGCAUAUGGUAUGAAAAAUUGUUGAAUGAGAUGUUGAGUCACUUGGAAAGGCAACCAAGAAACAAGGAGCGACGUAUUGCAUGGCUACAGCAUAUUGAGCCACUGUUCAACGGUCUUGGUCUUAUACUGCUAGCUCAUUUCAGGCGACUUUUUCCCCUUUUCUUCCAGUGGAUGCAUGCAGAUGACGACAUAACUAUUCUACUGGUUCUUGAACGGGUCAAAUCAGUUGUAAAGUUGACAUGGAUAAGGAAUUCGCCACACAUUGAAAGGUUGGUGGAUGAACUUGUUAGUCUAUACAAGGAGGCAGCGCUGAAAAUUGCACGUGAAGAAAUCAGAAAACUUGUUCUUCAGACUAUAAUUUUGAUCCAACAAUCCAAGGGCUCGCAGUUCAAAGCCGCUUGGGACAAGCACAAGGAUGAUCCUGACUUGACAAUUUUCCACCAUUCCUUUAGUGAACAACAACCUGCAAUGGUCGCUCAAUGAUGAGACUUAUGCUUUUCAACAAUUCAUCAGACGAAGGGAUUGAGAGUUAUUGGCAUCCAUGUAAAUAGUUAGUUGUCCAUAGGCACCUACUUUCAAGUUUAAGAUAUGUUGUCACAAUUCAGUAUUUCGUAUUUGAGAUGUAUUUAUUUUAGUAUGAUUUCUCAUGUACUUAAGCUCAUCUCGUUGUAGUGUGAGUCCUAUGUCAGGUAGAUGAAAGAAAUUGACGUUUCUAUUUCUCCUGGAAAAUGUGUUUACCAUUACAUUGCCAUUUUUCUGUAAAUCUUAAUGCAAAAUUAGCUUAUUUUUACCA